AGCAUGACCACGACGACACAUAUCCGAUGGGAAAAGGCCGCGCCAACGACGGACAUCACGAUGGAAGAUCCGACGCGGAGGUAUGCGCAUGCCGCCACGGUGUUCCGACCGAAUGACCAGGCAGGAACGUUAAACCAAGUGAUCGUGUACGGCGGCGCGAUGUUGUCCGAGGGCGAAAAGGCGGACACGCCACUUCCAGAUGUGUGGUUGAUGACGAUUGUUGGUGAGACCACACCACCGUCGGCGGCGGCGGCGACAGCAACACCAUCACCUGUUGGGGCUACACCAACCGUAGAAUGGAAGCGUUUGCGGUCGUUCAAUGCUCCUACUCGCGGACACAACAAAUAUCACACCAUGGUGGCGGUGGGGGCUGACGUGUACGUGUUUGGGAAUCGUGCGAUGGGCACUCUAAAGGAGGAACGUUUUCUCCAGCAUUUGUUUGAGAUUCAAAAGUUCCGCGUCGACGUCGCAACUUUGUCGGCGACGUGGGAGGCAGUCAAGUACAACGCUCCGAGCAUGAUUGCCGGACGUCUGGGCCACGGGACCGCCGUCUUGGCGGACGGUCGCAUCGUGUGCUAUGGCGGCAAAGACGUCGGCAUCAACUCGACUCGGUACUACAACGACGUGAUCGUGUUUGAUCCCAAGACUUUGGACGUGACGUACCACCCCGAAGAACGUGACCAGUCGGCAUCCCGCGCAUACUUUGCGCUCGCGGCGGCGGGCUCGCGGCUCUUUUUGAACGGGGGGUGCGCGUUUGCCGUCGACGGCCAGACCAUGACGGUCAUGAGUAAGUCCAGUCCGUUGCGGCUCUUGGACGUGACCCGCGCGGUGCCGCCGCGGAGUUCGCGAUGGCGAGACAUCAAGUUCGACCAUGUCAAGCCCAUCAACGCCGCGCGGCUCGACCAUUCGGUGGCGUGGCUAAACGGCCACACUUUGCUCUACUUGGGAGGCACCAACGUCAGCAGCUACACGAUAUUAGACCCGUGGGCAUUCAAUAUCCAGACCAACAACGUCGUGAACGUGGUCAUGUCAGGGUCUGUUCCUUCGAAACGCGCCAACACGGUGCUCGUGCAAGUCGACGCCACGACGCUAUUGUGUUUGGGCGGCAAGGAGCGCAUCAAACGCCGAGAGCCAGGACCACGCUACGGCAAUGUGCAUACCCCGGGGGUGUAUGUGGGCACGAUCAGUGUCACAGACGAGGCGACUUUGCCACGGCCACCCGUCACGCCUGUGGGUCUGCUCAAGCGCAAGAGAAGCGCGACGGACUCGCCAGAAGCGCCGCAGAAGCCCCUCAAGCGCCUGGAUGUGACAACGCGACCGGGAGGCGGCGGCGGCGUCGCUACGGCAGAUGGAGACAUGAAGGAAUCGUCGAAACAGUCGGCACCAACGGUUGUGCCUCGGCCCUUGGACGCAGAACUUUUGUCUAUACAGAAUGACGACCGCAUCGUGGCACUUCAACACGAAGUGGACGCGUUGCGACACGAGAACGCCCAAUUGCGUAUCGAAAGCCAUCGGUGGCAGGUCGAGGCAUCGCAUGCAAAGGAACAGCAGCCGUCCACGCAGCUGCAUGAGAUCAAACUUAGCAUCGACAACGUCGCCAUGAUGGUGGACGAGAAGCGGCGGUACCAGUCCAACUCGCAGAGCACGGUCAACAGUUCGCAGGACUCGCCAUCGGACCUGCUCGUGAAUGCGGAUGGGCACCCUCUGUCACAUGCGGCGCUGCAAGUGGAGCUCCAUCGAGCCUCGACGAGACUCGCCGCUGCCAUCCGCAAAGCCAGCGAGUCCAGCAAGAUGGCAAUCAAGUCCCGCAAGGCGGCAGAGGCGGACCAAGAUGCGCUCGUGGCUGCCGCAGAAAAGGUGGCCGACAUUUCGCGCGCCAUGACCCGCGACGGCGCCAACAAUGACAGCACGAGCAGUGGCAGCGCCACGCAAGAAGACUCGGUGCUGUAGUAGACAUGUGUAUAUAAUAUGAGCUCAAUAGAGCCAUCGUGGUGCGUGGGACGCGUCGUAGUCGAUGACUG